AUGUCAUGUCUGUCGGUGACGUUGCUGGCCGAGGCGGGCGGUGCUCGCUAUAAGAAGUAUGAGGAUAUCGACAACGCUCCAGAGGAGAAAGCGCGAGGAAUCACUAUCAACGCCUCGCACGUGGAAUACAGCACGGCCAACCGACACUACGCACACACUGACUGCCCCGGGCACGCGGACUACGUGAAGAACAUGAUCACGGGCACCGCCCAAUUGGACGGCUGCAUCCUGGUUGUCGCAGCGACGGACGGACAGAUGCCGCAGACGAGGGAGCACCUCCUGUUGGCCCGUCAGAUCGGCGUGGAACACGUGGUUGUGUUCGUGAACAAGGCUGACGCCGUGGAUGAUAAAGAGAUGCUGGAGCUGGUGGAGCUGGAGAUCAGAGAACUGCUGAGCGAGUUCGGAUACGAAGGGGAGAAAACACCCGUGAUAGUGGGGUCAGCACUGUGUGCUCUGGAGAAUCGCAGUCCUGAGAUCGGGGUCGAUUCGAUCAUGAAGCUGCUGGAAGUUGUUGACAGCUACGUUCCUCUGCCCAAGAGGGAGUUGGACAAGCCUUUUCUGCUGCCCAUCGAGGCCGUGUACUCCAUCCCCGGUCGCGGCACUGUGGUGACAGGGACCCUCGAGAGGGGGGUGAUUAAGAAAGGCGACGACUGCGAGUUUGUGGGGCACAACCGCGCCUUCAAAUCCGUUGUGACGGGUAUCGAGAUGUUCCACCAGCACCUUGACAGGGCUGAGGCUGGCGACAAUCUGGGAGCGUUGGUGAGGGGCCUGAAGAGAGAGGACAUGAGGAGGGGCAUGGUGAUGUCAAAACCGGGGUCCAUCAAACCCCACCAGAAAGUACAAGCCCAGGUGUAUGUUCUCAGUAAGGAGGAGGGCGGGAGGCACAAGCCCUUUGUCUCGAACUUCAUGCCCGUCAUGUUCUCUCUCACCUGGGACAUGGCCUGCCGAGUGGAGCUGCCACAGAGCAAGGAGAUGGUGAUGCCAGGUGAGGACACCUCCCUCACUCUCACUCUCAGACAGCCCAUGGUUCUGGAGAAAGGGCAGCGCUUCACGCUGAGAGACGGAAACAAAACCAUUGGGACUGGACUGGUCACUGACAUACUGACCGCUACACAGGAGGACCAGAUCAACUGGGGUUAAACAGUGACCACUCUCUCGAUUUCACAAGGACUGUACAGGGAGUUUAGGGUUAGGGAGCGAUGCUUCCACACACUGUCUUUGACUACAUUAUGAAUAAAUAAAGCCCAGCCAAUUUCAGUUUUAUUCUUCAUGUCUAUAGCUUGCAUAGGGUUUUUGGUAACACCUGUGUGCAUAAAAGGAACUACAGCUCCCAUCCUCCGUUGCUGUUGCUGCUGGCUUGUGGGGCAUGUUGGGAGCUGUAGUUUUUAUUUUCCUACACCUCCCAUCACCCCUCAGUGUCAGUGUGGGGGCAUGCUGUAGUUUGUAGAAUUCCUUUCCCCUACUUUGGCUGGGUUUUCUCAAAACAUAAUUGAAUUAAAAUGAAAUGCGAACCAUCUGCUCUGUUAAAUGUAUAAAGCUUUAUUUAAAAUAUUUUUUACAGCCUGCGGUAUUAACCCUGGUACAGUGAGAAGACAAGUUAGCGAUGAAAACGUAGUUCUCUCUUUGCAUCUAUCUGUCUUGAGGGUCAGGACUGCAAAUGGAACAGUUGAAAUGAUUUGUAAAAAUAAAUAUAUAAAAAAAACUCUCGUCUUUGUGUUUUAUAAAAAGUAACCAAUACACGUAUACAAAUGCACCCCCUUCAUUAGCGUUUUUACAAUAUAUACAUACCGAGUAGUGCAGUGUGUUUAAAAUCUGAUGCUGUAGAAACACAUUUGUUCCAUGUGGUUUUCCACUGAGGGGUUGGGAUUAGAACAGACUUGUCUCAUUCUAACAUUCCCCCUAUGUAAGGCUAUAUUUUUUUCACGGUUAUCACUGACUUCCGAUUGCCGUGUAAUGUGUAGUUCUCUGUGAAAAUUCCCAUUUCUCAAAAUAUUUUUUUAUCACUUAAAUAAAUACAGCCAGCGGUUGCUUUACUGACACACUCCCUGUUAAACUGCAUAGAGCUGUGCGAUUUCUUUACAAAGCCUUCAAUGAAAAAGACAGCAGCUGCUGCAUUAGAGAUGGGAAAUACUUCUGCUAAAGAUCACUCUGUCCAGGACAAGGAGGGGGCAGGUCACGUGGCUGUUGUUACUUUUACUUAUUUAU